CCCACGAGAAGACACGGAGAUGUGACAGAACAAGUUGUCUAUCAGUUAGUUUGUCAGUUUUGUCACUCCGAAGUAACGACAUGCCCCUCAAACUUUGUCUGAAGUGGGUGCGGAUAUUAUUCCAUAAACUUAAAAAAUGGAAACCAUCAUCUUUUCUUGGUCUUGUCCUUUGUAUUCUGAUCGUCUUACAUGUCUUCACCCCUUCACGGAUCAGCGAUCUCUUCCACCCCACAAGUGUUCCAGAUUAUCAUUGUGGAUUUCCAAGAAGAUUUGAUGUAGCGGAGGAUAUUCUCUGUCUCAAGAGGAAGAGGUUCCUGCCGAACUUCAAGAAUCCGUGUUGGUACGAAUUUGACGGUAACGCAACGUACAACAGAAUCCGGUGUCUGCCGUACUUCUAUAUUUUUGGUGUUUGUAAAUCCGGCACCACAGACUUAUUCUAUCGAUUAAAACAGCAUCCCCAGAUCAUGGGAAACAGAGGACUGCUAUCCAAAGAGACAUGGUUCUGGUCUUGGCAUCGAUACGGCACAGAUCACCGACAUCGAAAUAAAUCAGAUUAUCCGAUGAGGGUCCGAACUUUGGAUCACUUUAUAGAUUUCUUUCAAAUUCCAAAAAUAUUGGAGAUGAAAGUAUCCCCAAAUGGCUCACAAUAUUCUGACAUUGUCACAGGUCACGCUGACCCCAUGGACUUUUGGGACAACAGCUUGUGGCGACAUAUCCCCCAAAACGACAAGGACGCGUCCGAGCCUACAUACACCACAGCAAAUCUGGUACACCAUGUUCAACCCAACAUCAAACUCAUCCUCCUGCUGCGGGACCCAGUAGAAAGAUUAUACAGCCAAUACUACCACUUGGGUUUCGGGUCCUCACCGGAAGACUUUCACGUUGAUUCGUUAGCGUCCAUUCGAUAUCUAGAUCGAUGUCAGAGAACGCACACCCUUCGUUCCUGCUUAUACAACAGGCUACUACUGCGGGAUAUGCCGACCCCCCUUUAUGCCUCGUUUUACGACGUGCACAUAACUAACUGGUUGAAUGUAUUCCCCAGGAGCCAGAUAUUUAUAACCAGAACGGAGGAUUUCUCCAGAGAUAUAAAACGACAUCUUUUACAUCUAUUCAAAUUUCUGGAUGUGGCUGAUGUGUCAGACAAAGAUUUAAACAAAAUGUCACAGAUGUCGCACCGAUACAGAUCCAUUUUUAAAGACAAAGCAGGUCCGAUGCUGAAUAGGACCAGACGCAUGCUUAUAGACUACUUCCGGGAGCCAAUGAAAAGACUAUCGUCCAUUCUUAAAGACCCUAAAUAUACUUGGAACGACGUAUAUAAAGAACAUCAAUCGAAGUGGUUUUUGUGAUAUUCAUUGAACGAGAGAGAAUACAGAAAGCCAAAAUUUAUUCAAUGUAUCUUGAAAUUAAAAACAUAAACAAGUUAAA